AUGGGGGCAUUUGGGGGUUAUCGGCUUCGAAGUGUCAGCUUCGACUUCAGCUUCGAGAAGCAACUCAUCCUCAAGCAAAGUCUCGGGAAGGUUGUCAUCAAACUUAAGCUGCUCAAGCUUCAGCUGGCGCGAUUAUUCGAGAUGAUAAAGCAACUAAUCCAUGGGAUGGAAACAACCGCGGUGGAGAAUGUGGAGGGGCGAUGA